AUGGCGAAUGUCCUGAGAACCUCUGUGCGCAGGUUUGCAACUACCGCAGUGCGGGCCGCAGCUGCGGAAUCCCUCAACGCCUACGGGGUCCGAGUCUCCCAAGCUCAAGGGGUGGUCGACGGACUGACUGGAGCUAUCGGCAAUACACCACUAAUCAAACUCAAGAAGCUCUCUGCGCAAACCGGCUGCAACGUCCUAGGCAAAGCCGAGUUCCAAAACCCUGGCGGCAGCGUCAAAGAUCGAGCUGCGCUCUACGUGGUCAAGGAUGCUGAAGAGCGGGGUCUCCUCAAACCAGGAGGCACAGUGGUCGAAGGCACCGCCGGGAAUACAGGCAUUGGUCUUGCGCACGUGUGCAGGUCACGAGGAUACAACCUGGUCAUCUACAUGCCCAACACUCAAUCACAAGGCAAGAUCGACCUUCUGAGGUUGCUUGGUGCUGAGGUCUAUCCCGUGCCGGCCGUGGCAUGGGAGAACCCGGAAAAUUACAACUGGCAAGCAAAGCGGCACGCGGAAAGACUCCAGAAGGAGGACCCCGAACACGGCGCAGUCUGGACCAACCAGUUCGACAACGUCGCCAACCGACGAGCGCACAUCGAGACGACAGGUCCGGAAAUAUGGGCGCAGACCGAGGGCAAAAUCGAUGCCUUCACAUGCGCGACUGGCACGGGAGGCACUCUGGCCGGCACGACGCGGUUUCUGAAAGAUGUUAGCAACGGUUCGGUCAAGUCCUUCCUUGCUGACCCGCCUGGCUCGGUUCUGUAUUCAUACAUCACUUCUGGAGGUCAGCUCCAGGAGCGGUCGGGCAGCAGUAUCACCGAAGGCAUUGGCCAAGGGCGAGUCACCGACAAUCUGAAACAAGAAGUCGGCGAGCUGGACGGCGCCUUACAUAUCUCGGACGAGAAGAGCAUUGAGAUGGUCUAUCGCUGUCUCGAUGAAGAGGGGCUGUACCUCGGAGCCAGCAGUGCCUUGAACGUCGUAGCCGCCAAAGAAGUCGCCGAGAAAUUGGGCCCGAAUCACACCGUCGUUACUGUCCUCUGUGACGGCGCGUACAGAUACGCAGACCGCCUGUUCAGCGACAAGUGGUUGAAGAGCAAGAACUUGAGAGGCGCAAUUCCCAAGCACCUCGAGAAGUAUAUUGUCUUGCCAUAA